AAUUUAAACACAUUGCAUCUAAAGUAUUUCUCUAGUGUAAAAAUCACCCAUCAUAUACCAAAAUAUAAUUAUUUCUAACAGAUUGAAUAAAACAGGAUCUACACAUAUUUACAUUGACUGCUCUUUUUAAUGUUGUAAAUAAUGCAUUGAACUAUUUGAGGUGAAUCCUUGGCUAUAUUAUUUCUUAAAUUCUAAAUACUUCUUUGUAAGCUUAGCAAAACUCACCAUCAUAUGGCAUACUUGCUCUACAGACAUCAAAACUCACCAUCAUAUGGCAUACUUGCUCUACAGACAUCAAAACUCACCAUCAUAUGGCAUACUUGCUCUACAGACACACUGAUCCAAACAUGUUUUUUUGUAAGUCAUAAUUGUUCAUAAAUACAUUUUUAUACAACAAAUAUCAUCAUGAAGACUUAUUUUAAAAUAUCAGGGCAUAAACCAAUUUCAUAAUAAACAUUUUUUUAAAAGAAAAAUAAGAUAAGCACAACUUUUUAUAUUUAAUUUAACCUAUUGCAAGCAAUCAAAACUCUCUUUCAAGGCAAUGUUUAUCAUGACCCCUUUAUAUUACUUCCAUGUUACUUCCCUACUGAAAGUCUUACAGAAUUCUUUUAACACCUUCAAUAAACCAGGAACGUUGUCAAGGCCAAAGUUCAAACCAAUGUACUCAUUCAAUCUUAAGUUUCUCAGAAGCAUCAUUCCACUUCGUGCAACAAGAUCAUUCCCUUGACACAGUAGUCACCAGAGCUUCCAAGCUCAGCAUCCUCAUAAAAGGUCUAUGAAAUACAAUAAUACAUUCAUGAUUUUUAUCCUCUUACACAUCUACUGCUUCUUGUUAGCACACACAGCAUGCCCAGCUUACACAACAUGCCCAUCACACACUGCAUGCCCAGCACACACAACAUGCCCAGCCUACACAGCAUGCCCAGCUUACACAACAUGCCCAGCACACAAAACAUGCCCAGCACACACAACAUACCCAGCACACACUACCUGCCCAGCCUACACAGCAUGCCCAGCUUACACAACAUGCCCAGCACACACAACAUGCCCAGCUUACUCAUCCCUGUUUUGCUCAUUGAAUAUCCUAUUGUUAACUGUUAUAAGAAAUGUAUUUUUACAUAAAUUUGUUCCUCCCGUAUGUUUUAUUUGUCUAAUCACUCAUUCCAUUAUUGCUUGAGCAAACUUUAGCGCUGUUACUGUCUCAGAGGUCUAUCUGUACAUCAGCUUGUAUCACAGGUCUAUAUAUAUCUGAUUUUUGGAUAUAUCACACACAUAUGUUAAUAAGCUCUCAGAGUGUCAAAUUU